UGAUGGAAAUACUCUAGCAUCUGGUAGUUAUGAUAACUCUAUACGUUUAUGGGAUGUUAAGACAGGAUAAUAAAAAAAUAAAUUAGAAGGCCAUAGUAGUUGUGUAAAUUCAAUCUGUUUUUCUCCUUAUGGAAAUACUCUAGCUUCAGGUAGUAAUGAUAAGUCAAUACGUUUUUGGAAUGUUAAGACUGGAUAAUCAAUCGAGCAAACAGAUAAGUGUCCAUUAG